CACACACAUUCCUGUCAAGUCAUCUUGUGAAAGGCUGCUGGCUUCCAACUUGGCUUGAAUAUGCAACCUUAAUAAAACACACUGAGGUCUCCGAGAAAAAUAGCAGUUCAGCCACAGCGAGGCUAGGAGAAAGAGGCUGGGGCUACCCUUGGGCUGCUGACUCAGGCAGCCUGCAUGCUGCAGCGUAACAGAGAGAGGAAACGAUAAAUCUCAGCUACUAUGUCAUAAAUUGCUCCAGUUAAGGAUCAUCUCUCCUGAAACAGUAAUUUGGGGAGGGGGGGGGAGUCACAGCCAGCCGAACUGAGCCCUCCUCAUUCCCCUUCAAAGACAAAACGAAGAACUUUUGCUUUUAAAAAAAAAAAGAAAAAAGGAAGUGAGAACAGUAUCUCUAAAAGCAGGAAAGAAGAAGGCUGAUAACAUGACCGUUUUCCUGGAGUUUGCUUUCCUGACUGCUCUUCUGGCUCACAUUGGCUGCAAUAAUCAGCGCCGGACUCCUGAGUCCAGUGCAAGAAGGUAUAACCGGAUUCAGCAUGGGCAGUGCACCUACACCUUCAUCCUUCCGGAACAGGAUGGGAACUGUCGCGAAAGCACCACCGAGCAGUACAACACCAACGCUCUUCAGAGGGAUGCCCCCCACGUGGAACAGGAUUUCUCUUCCCAGAAACUGCAGCGUCUGGAGCAUGUGAUGGAAAAUUACACACAGUGGCUGCAAAAGCUUGAAAGCUACAUUGUGGAAAACAUGAAGUCAGAGAUGGCUCAGCUACAGCAGAAUGCUGUCCAGAACCACACAGCUACCAUGCUGGAGAUAGGAACCAGCCUUCUCAGCCAGACUGCAGAACAGACGAGAAAGCUCACAGAUGUCGAAACCCAGGUGCUAAAUCAAACUUCCCGAUUAGAAAUUCAGCUGCUGGAAAAUUCAUUAUCUACUUACAAGCUGGAGAAGCAACUGCUCCAACAGACCCAUGAAAUCUUGAAAAUUCAUGAGAAAAACAGUCUACUGGAGCACAAAAUCCUUGAAAUGGAAGAAAGACACAAAGGGGAGCUGGAUACUCUGAAGGAAGAAAAAGAAAACUUGCAGGGAUUGGUAUCGCGUCAAAGCUACAUCAUUCAGGAACUUGAAAGGCAGCUGAACAAAGCAACCAACAACAACAGUAUUCUUCAGAAACAACAGCUGGAGCUGAUGGACACAGUUCACAGUUUAGUCAGCCUUUGUUCUAAGGAAGGAGUUCUACUAAAGAAUGCAAAAAAAGAAGAUGACAAGCCAUUCAGAGACUGUGCCGAUGCUUACCAAGCUGGUUUUAACAAAAGUGGCGUCUACACUAUUUAUAUUAAUAAUAUAUCAGAGCCUAAAAAGAUCUUCUGCAAUAUGGAAGUUGCCGGGGGAGGUUGGACAGUUAUACAGCACCGAGAAGACGGGAGUCUAGACUUCCAAAAAAACUGGAAAGAAUACAAAAUGGGCUUUGGUAGUCCCUCGGGUGAAUAUUGGCUGGGGAAUGAGUUUAUCUUUACAAUAACCAGUCAAAGGCACUAUUCGCUAAGAAUUGAACUAAUGGACUGGGAAGGAAAUCGGGCUUAUUCCCAAUACGAUCGGUUUUACAUAGGAAAUGAAAAGCAGAAUUACAGGCUGUAUCUGAAGGGUCACUCAGGAACAGCAGGAAAGCAAAGCAGCCUUAUCUUGCAUGGGGCUGACUUCAGUACCAAAGAUGCUGACAAUGACAACUGUAUGUGCAAGUGUGCUCUUAUGCUAACAGGAGGGUGGUGGUUUGAUGCCUGCGGGCCUUCCAAUCUCAACGGAAUGUUCUACUCAGCUGGACAGCACCAUGGGAAAAUAAAUGGAAUCAAAUGGCAUUACUUUAAAGGCCCCAGUUAUUCAUUACGGUCCACAGCUAUGAUGAUCCGACCAUUAGACUUUUAAAUACACCAAGCGGAAGCAAGAGCAACAUGCAGUAUAGAUACCAAGUUCUGGAGAACUUCUUACAUAACCUUCAGAAACAGGAGGUGGGAACUUCCUGAAAGCAUCGGAUGGCCGCUAUACUCAGAUCUCCUGGCACAGACUGCGGUAUAUGGUCAUGUGUCACCACCAAACACCACGUGUGGAUCAAGCAGUGGCUGCAUUGCCUAUGAGAAGAGGGCUAUUAUGACUAUUCUGUGGACAACAUUGUGGUUUAGUUGCCACAAUUGAUUCCAAUAUCUAUCAGUGGAAUCUUUUUUUUUUUUUACUUUGUGCAAAAGGCAUCAAAUUACCAGGCGACACAGAAACAGUAUGAAGUUGUGUAAAGCAUAAAAUUAAUCAUAAUCAAUGGGGUGGAGAUGCUUUUUGAACCAUGAAAGUGGUGUUGAAUCUAUGCAAGCACACAAGUAUUUAUUUGAAUUGGUAUACAUGCCUUAAAAAUGUAAAAAAAGGCCACUGUUGCUUUGUUAUCAGUAAAGAAAAAAACAGAUUGAUAACUUUUCUCUAACAUUAGGUCAAUGUGGUAUGUCAGAGUGAUUUUUCAUUAAGCCCUUUUCAAAUAUGAAACAUGUCCCCUAAUAAAGAGACGGUGAGUCAUCACAGACAGAACGAUAAGAACUAUAUUCAGAGAACUGUCAGUUGCCCUGCAAGGCCAGGGUGAAGUAAAAAUAGGUAAUCCAGAUAAUUGGCAUAAUCCUUCAGCCAGGAUUUGUAGCACGAUAACAUAAGAAAGCAAGGAUUUUUCUUGCUGACGGCUUCAGUUUUCGCCUGCGUCAAAACCAGUCGGAAUGUCACAUAUUAGAUAUAUAUAUAUAUGUAUAAAAAAAGAUAUUAAAGGAGUUUUAAAGAAGGUGAAA